UGGCAGCGCCAGCCCUCGGAGCCGGCAGCAGUGACGCUCCCGCACCCGACGCCGCCGCCGCCGCCGCCGCUGCCGCCGCCGCUUCCACAGCCAUGCCGAAGCACGAGUUCUCCGUGGACAUGACCUGUGAAGGCUGCUCCAAUGCGGUUAGCCGGGUGCUCAACAAGCUGGGAGGAGUUGAGUUUGACAUUGACCUGCCCAACAGGAAGGUCUGCAUCAGCUCUGACCACAGCGUGGACAUUCUGCUGGAGACCCUGGAGAAAACAGGAAAGGCUGUUUCCUACCUCGGCCCCAAGUAGCGAGGGCCCGGAUCCCUGGGCCCAAGAUGGACCAAAGGGAGCAGGCUGCUGAUCUGAGACCCGGGGCCUGGCAAUCCUGCUCAGCGAUGGCAGUUCUUGCAGAGACCCUCUCUUGCCCUGCUCCUCUCUAGCUUCCCUGCAAUAAAGUUGAGCCACUUUU